GAGGAGAAAGGCCAAUUAGAAAUUUCAAAAAGCUACCCAAAAAAACCUAAAUGACCAAAAAGCUCUCCAGGCUUGAGUUUGAAAGGUUUGUUGUGGACGGCGACCAUCACCCAGGAUUCAUGUUGCGGUCAACUUGGACCAUUGUUGGCGGUGAGUUAUUAACCGGUGGUUUCUUGAGUCAGCCCCCCGUGUUGUUUCGGGAGAGAAUUCUAGUUGUCGAUCAUCUUGUGGUUCGGGCGCAUUCGGUAUAGUAGCAGAUUCAGCCACUACUGCGUCGUUUCAGGUCCGCAGCAAUCGUAGAGAUUAGGGUGGCUGACGACAUCGAAGUGUCCUCCGAUGUGCGGCUGUGUAUCUUUUUGUUAGUAGGGUGCAAUCUAUAAAGCAGUAUAUGUAGGCACUCAGCCUCAUUCCAGGUCUGCGACAUUCGCUGCCGUGUAGGUGGCUAUCGACGUCGAAGCCGCCUUCGAUCUGAGUUAGCCUUUUUGAGAAUGAGAAUUUCUUUACAUAGUGCUGCCGAUUUGAGAUGGAAAGCCAUGGAGAAGGAAGUUCUGAUUUUUUCGUCCAAUGGACUGAUGGAUGGAGCACGGACUCAAUGAUGACAACGAAGGAAGUGCUGCACGGUCACUAGAGACAGAGGAAGGGCAAUCGGCAGCGGGAGAUAGAGAAGAUGGUUCAAUGGCUGGUGAUGAGGGUUCCAUGCCAGUACCAACAGGAAUACACGUUGCAGCUGACAAUCCAUAUGGUGACGAAGAAUUGGGAUCAACGGUUUUAACUGCCGCUGCAUUGGAAUCAGCUGAGUAUAAUUGUGUGGAAGAGGCGUACAAAGCAUAUGUGACUUUUGUGAAAGCGACUGGAUUCACUGUACGAAAGGGUGAUUCUGUAAAAAAUGAGGAAGGAAAUAUCGUGCGGAAGUUUUUUUAUUGCAAUCGACAAGGUUUGCGUGAGAAGAAGCACUAUGAGAGGGUCGAUAGGAAGAGGGCUCAUAAAGCAGAAACCAGAACCAAUUGUUAUGCCAAGUAUGUUGUAUACUUGGACAUGAGUUCUAGAAAGUGGAGGACAAAAAUGUUUAUUGUGGAUCAUAAUCACGAUUUGGCCCCACCAAAUUUCACCAACGUAAUGGCGCUGCAUCGAAAGCUGACAGAUGAAGACAAAGCUCAUAUACACAGCAUGCAUGAGGCUGGAUUCCAGACAACUCAAAUCAUGGGGUUCUUUGCUCACUUGUGUGGUGGAUAUCGGAAUGUCAACUUUAUCAGGAAGGAUUUGUAUAAUUAUAUGGAUGAUUUCGACAAUCCCGCAUUGUAUCAAUGGCAUUGUUUGAUUCAUAUAGCCGACCCCACCUAG